AUGAUUGAUGCAAUUCGAAUUCUAAAAUCGGGUGAUAAUGAUGAUUUAAAAAAUCUUAUACAAACUUUUAAUAUUCAUUCACGCGAUGCAGACAAUAAUACACUAUUGCAUCAUGCAUGUUUAUUAGGCAAUGUUGAAGCAGUACGUCUACUGCUCGACAGUGGUGUCCACGCGAAUGCUUCUAAUAUUGAUGGACAGACGCCGAUAUGUGAUGCAGCUUUAAGUGGUUCAGCUGAGAUUAUUUCUCUUCUGCUCAAUAGUAAAGUUGAUGUCAAUCCACCAUCGUAUUGGGGUUCACCGUUAAUUUAUGCUACACAAAAUGAAUCAUUACAUGCUAUGGAAGUUUUAAUCGAAGCUGGUGCAAGUUUAAAUUCUCCUGAACGUUCUGGCCUGUGUCCUUUACAUAUAGCUAUACAAAGAAGAUUUUAUGCUGGUGUUUAUCUACUACUUUCAAAAGAAGAAGAAGAAAGCAGAGAAAGUGAUUAA